UUUACGUGUCUUUGAUGGAAACACGUAGAGCUUACUUAAUAAGGCCUAGGCUUGACAACAGGAAAAAUAUUUCCUUUACAUUCACGUCAGUUCUCAGUGGUUCGUUGACAUCAAGUAACACAUUUCCAGUUUCUUGCACCAAAUUGCUAUUUUUCGCGCUUCUGUUUGACGAGUAUAAAUAAUCGCGCACGUUAUGACUUCCACGGCUCGUAAUGAACGCGAAAUGGUUCUCAACGCUGGGAAAGAACUCAGUUUGACAACUGAUCCAUUGGAAAGGCUGAGGCUGCAGUGUUUACAGAGAGGCGUGGCUGGAAUAAGAGAUUUUGGACGGACAUUUCGCAUAUGGGAUGAUGAUGGUGAUCGUAAAAUCAGCUACGAAGAAUUUGUUAAAGGUUUGUCGGAUUUCGGCGCUUCUUUAACUGCAACAGAAGCCCAGCAAUUGUUUCAUUCAAUGGACAAAAACAGCAGCGGCUCUAUUGAGUACGACGAACUCUUGAUUGCUUUAAGACCUCCCAUGUCAAAAUCAAGGAUUUCGCUUAUUCUAGCGGCGUUUCAAAAGAUGGAUAAAACCGGAGAUGGUGUCAUUACUCCGGAAGAUUUAAAAGGCGUUUAUAACGUCAGAAGUCAUCCCAAAUUUAUCAAUGGAGAAAAGACGGAGGAGCAGAUCUUCCAAGAAUAUUUGCGAACAUUUGACUCUCCUCACGGUGACGGAAAAGUAACGCUACAAGAAUUCGAAGAGUAUUAUGCAGGUGUGAGUGCUUCCAUCGAUUCAGACGUCUACUUCGAUUUGAUGAUGCGUCAGGCUUGGAAGCUCUGAGCCAACGGCAACUGCUAGCCCACUCGAGCAUCAGUAAUGCGAAUGUCUAUUUUAGUUAACAUGUCCUUUAAGCAAGACUUCGAUAAAAGCCCACUAGUUGCUCACCGUCUCUGCCAUCAGUUGACAGGUAUUGACUGCAUACAUGCACCUCCAUGUAUACGAAUGGACAUGGUGUGGUGCAUAUUGUUAUUAUAUUUGGGUAGUGAACCGUGAAUUCCACGUUAUUAGAGGUCGUUAAAAACCUAGGGGGAAAAUGGUGGCAAUAAUACACAUCGUUCCAUUUAAUUUUAUAGCACUAUGAGAGACAUACUGCUAUGGUGUAACAAUUUUUUUAAAUUGUUGAUAGUCAAUCCAAUUAUUUAUUCCACAUUUACUUCACUCGCAAGUCGCAACAUCAUGAUUACAAAAAUGGUGUUGAAGUUAAUUUUAUUUGCAUCCCUUUCUGAACAGCUUUUAAAGUUAAAAGAAUAUAGCUAUACCGUGUUCCAUUCGACCCGCAUCCAUUCCAAAAUUGGGAGAGGACGUUGUGACCUGCCAUAAACACCCCUAGAGCUAUGUAUUUCUUUCCAGCAGUUUACCUGCGUCAUGCCCAUACAAUGUUUUCGAGUUCUGUUUCA